ACGACCGUUUCAAAAUCGCCUCCCCUGACCGCGUAGCGGGCCAGCGAGCGAUAGCUGAUAAUAUGCUGAUAACGAGAAAUCAACAAAACAACACUACAGAUAAACAUUAUCAAGAUAUAUCCGCGAAAAAAAUAUAUUGUUAUCAUUGUGAUUAUUAUUUUUUGAUAACUCCUACGAUAUCAGGUACACAUCGGUAAUAUUUUACUAUUAUAGUUUUUAUUAUUAUACGUACCUACUAUGCAAUGUCGUGGAACGUCGAGCGUCGAAUUCACGAUUAAUAAUAAUAUUAUAAUAGGAUGAAAGUACGUGCGUGUACGAAUUGAUAUUUGUUUUUCGGAACUUAUGCGUGUCACACCGUCACGGCCAAUAUCGCCAUGUCCGUCUUAAACAAAGUACGUAAAAACCUACCUCACAUCAAGCAAAACACCGAACUGCUGUUCAACAACACGGGGCUGUGCAUCAAAAUCAUAUCUUGCACGUUGUCCGUGUGCUAUUUCUUCUCGUUUUGGUCCAAGAGCUCGACGGUGUUCGGCGUGACGCCCGGCUACCUGUUUCCGCCUUCAUUCUGGCUGUGGACGCCGUUCACGUUCUGUUUCUUCGAGACACACCUGUGGCAAGUGCUGCUCGACAUCGCCAUGGUGGCCGUGUGCGGCAAACUCAUCGAACCCCUGUGGGGUGAACUGCAAGUGCUCGUGUUCUUUGCCAUCGUCAACGUGGGAGUGGCGUUAGCGUGCGCCGUGUUCUAUUACGUCCUGUACAUGUGCACCUGGGAUCCGGAAUUGUUGUUCUCGGUGCACGUGCGCGGCUUGGCAGGAUAUCUGGCCGGUGUCACUGUGGCCGUCAAACAGAUCAUGCCCGACAGCACUGUGCUAGACACGCCGGCUGGUCGCAUCACCAACCGCAACGUACCGCUGUACACGAUAUUCAUUGCACUCGUGCUCUGGUUCAUCGGCUUUGUGGAUGGUACGAAACCGACUAUGGUCAUCAGUGGAGUGUUGAUGAGUUGGACUUACUUGAGGUUUUAUCAGAGGCACACGAAUGGCACGAGAGGUGAUAUGGCUGACAAUUUUACUUUUGCAAGUUUUUUCCCAGUUAUUGUUCAACCACCGAUUUCAGUGUUGUCAAAUUCAGUAUACAGCAUUUUUGUAAAAGCUGGUAUAUGUAGAAAGACUGUACGUAGAGUUGAUAUUGCUAGCGCACCAACCGGUAUUACUGUCGCUUUGCCUGGUAUUCGAUCACAUGAUAUGGACAGAAGAAAAUUGUUAGCCUUAAAGGCUCUUAAUAGCCGAUUAGUCGAUACUAAUAAAGAUGCACCAAGAAUGGAUAAUAUUGAAUCUGAAAGAAGAGACUCUGUGGUUAUAUCAAUUGGAGAUUCAGAACAGACUUCAAAACUAUCACCUGCAAAUAUGGUUUCAAACAAAACAACGUAGUACAGAUAAAUUAUUAAAGGAAUAAUAUUUAAUAAUUUAUUUGUAUAUUAUCGUAAUCAUAAUUUUAUCUACUAUACAAGAGUCUAGAAAGUAUAGAAACGUUUUACAUUGUUUAUAUGCAUAUUCAAAACACUUUCUAUUUGUUCUAGACACUCAUUAUCUAUUUUUUAUAUUAUUUACUUAUUUGUUGUACAUUUGUUAAUAUUGUAAAUAGGUAAACUAGGGUAUUUUAAUAACUGAUUAAUGAUUAAAUCAUUUACACAAUAAAGCAUUAUAUAUACAAAGAACUAACUAUAUUUGUUAAAAAUAAAAUAUAAUAGUCUUGGAUAACAGCCAACAGCAUUGUAAUAAUUCACAAGACAAGGUAAUCUUGAAUAUUACAAAAGUACCCAUGAUUAUAUAACUACAUAUUUUAUGUUGUAUAAACCUGAUAAAAGGUUUUCAUUAUAGUUAUUUGUAUUACAAGUUUUGUAUAAAUCUUUUUAUUAAUUAAUAUAACAUAAUAUUUAAUGUCUAUAUAAGCCUGUGAUAAUAAAAUAACUAAUUAUAAUUUAUUACUAGUACAAAA